AUGAAAUCGCUCUUGGAUGAUUCCGGAGUCAGACACAUCUUGUAGCAGUAUGGCUGGGAAAGGGGGCCGUUGCCAUUUGCCUCAACGCAGUUCGUGGAUCCUUUGGUGCCUGUGGUUAUCUGCACCUUCAAGUUGGACUUCUUGAACACAUCAGCGGUAGACUCCUCUGAUCGGAACCCGCAACAUGCACUCAGAGAGAAGUUAUACCCCCGAAUGGAAUGUCUGUCCCUGUAUCCCUUUAUCGCGGCCAGGACGAUAAUAGCCAGCAGAAACGUGAACGAGAUAGCGCCCAGAGACACUAUUAAGUACAGCGUGAGGUUCGAGCGGUACUGGGGGCUCAGUGUGAGGUCGCCGAAAUCAGGCAGCGAUUCUGGCACGUUGUCAACAACUGACAGGAUGAUGGAAACUGUGGCCGAAAGGGGUGGCUGACCGUUGUCCUUGACCAGAAUGACCAGCCUUUGCCUUAUGGGGUCUUUUUCCACCAAUCGGCGAAUCGUCCUGAUUUCGCCCGUGUACAGGGCCACGCUAAACAGGCUUGGGUCGCUUGCCUGGAGCACCUGGUAGAACAGACGCGAGUUUUGACCUGCGUCUGCGUCCAUCGCACUGAUUUUUGCCACAAGAUAACCAGCAUCAACUGACCUUGGCAACACUUCAGUCGCCGCCGUGCCGUUUUGGGGUACAGGUGCUACUAUGACUGGUGCAUUGUCAUUUUGGUCCAAAAUAAAGACAUUUGCGGUAACAUUGGUGCUCAGGGGUGGAAAACCGGCAUCUUGUGCUUGGACUAAAAUCUGAAAGUUUCUUAGCUGCUCAUGGUCAAAAGAACGCAGUGCGUAAAUAUUCCCGUUGUCUGAGUUUAUGGAGACGUAGGUGGACACGGGCAUCCCCUGUAUAUCACCUUCCAGAAUAGAGUAAGAGAGAUAGGCAUUUUGGUCCGAAUCUGGAUCCAGGGCAGCAACCGAGCAAAUUGAGGCUCCUGGUGCAUUAUUCUCUGUCAAAUAGACGGUGUAUGAUGGCUGCUUGAAUCGGGGUGCGUUGUCAUUCAUGUCUGACACUUGAACUAAAAUAGUUUUCCUUGUGAACAAGGGAGGCGCGCCCAUAUCUCUUGCUGUGAGAGUGAUGUUGUACUCUGGCACAGUCUCCCUGUCCAAAAAAUCACAAGUAACUAAAGUGUAAUAGUUCUUAAAAGAGGAGUGGAGCUGGAAGGGGACAUGAUGUGGAAUUUCACAGUCAACAUUCCCAUUUUCACCUGAGUCCUUGUCCAUGACGCUGAUGACAGCUAUCACUGUCCCCGGUGGUGCGUCCUCUUGGACAGGUGUGGACACUGAUGUCAAGAUCACCUCCGGGAGGUUGUCAUUCACAUCUAAGAUAUUCACCAGAACUUUACAGUGCACGGCCACUGCCGAUGGGCCCUUGUCCUUGGCUUGCACAUAUAUCUCAUGCAUUCUGGCCUUUUCAUAAUCUACGACCCCUUUCACUCUGAUCUCUCCAGUGCGCGAAUCUACACUGAAAAGCUCGCGCACUUUUAUGGGAGCAUGCCCGCUGAAAGAGUAUGUGAUAUCCGCGUUAGGACCCUCAUCCAAAUCCGAUGCGUUUAGUUUUAUCACAAUGGUGCCCGUCGGUGCGUUUUCCACAAGCCUCACUCUGUAGAAAGACUGGUCGAACACUGGCGCGUUGUCAUUUGCAUCCAGAACUGUUAUAUUGAUCUGUGCUGUCCCGGAUCUCUCUGUCGAGCCUCCAUCCACAGCCGUCAGCACCAUUUGGUGCGUAUUCUGCUGCUCUCUGUCCAACGGGCUCUCCAGGACCAACUCCGCAAACUUACUGCCAUCACUACGCGUCUGGAUGUCCAGGACGAAAUGUUCGUUCACACUCAGCAGAUAGGAGCGGAGCGAGUUGCUGCCAACGUCCGAGUCCUGCGCGCUCUCUAGUGGGAAGCGGGACCCGGGUACCGCCGACUCGGAUAUAUCCAAAUUAAACUCACUCCACGGAAAACUGGGUGAGUUAUCGUUCACAUCUAAAAUCUCCACCUCAACCCUGUACAGUUCCAAUGGGUUUUCGAUUACCACUUGCAAAUGGAAAGAGCAAGACAGACUCUGUUCACAUAGUUCCUCUCGAUCAAUUAUUUCGUUUACAAAUAAAAUACCAUUUUCUAAAUUCACCUCCAGGUAUUGCUUUUUUGCGCCUGAAACUAUUCUGAACCUGCGCACAGAAAGUCUCUCAACGUCUAAGCCCAAGUCCUCGGCUAUAUUUCCAACAAAAGAGCCAUGUUCCAGUUCCUCGGGGAUUGAAUAACGAAUCUGAGCCCAAACUAAAUCCAGGACACAUACGACGAGAGCUAGGCAUAUCACCUGCCAUGUCCCCCCAAGCCGUCUCUUCGCGCCUCGGAGGUCCAUCUGAGCGACGGACUAUACUACAAAAAUGCGCACUCCAUGACCAAAACGCACUCCAUAACCAAACAGGGUUUCAGUUAGAAAAUCAUUACUUUUAAAUAUAUAUUAUUCUGUAAAUGUUACUCGUUUACCCUAAAUGAAAAAAUAGUUAAUAUAAAGAUAUAGGCUAAUAUCAUCCACAACUUGAAGUGGAGCCUUGGUGUUCGCCCCAGCCGAGUGUCUUUGAAUGUGUGUGUGAGUACGAAAAGAAGAGGAGAGAGGGAGGGGUGUGGGGAGGAGGUUGCUGUCUCUGAUUAGCAUUGUGAUGCUCUGGUGUGUGUGUGUGUGUGUGUGUGUGUGUGUGUGUGUGUGUGUGUGUGUGUGUGUGUGUAUGUAUGUAUGUAUGUGUGUGUGUGUGUGUGUGUGUGUGUGUGUGUGUGUGUGUGCGUGCGUGCGUGCGUGCGUGCGUGCGUGUGUGCGUGUGUGUGUGUGUGUGUGUGUGUGUGUGUGUGUGUGUGUGUGUGUGUGUGUGUGUGUGUGUGUGUGUGUGUGCGUGCGUGCGUGUGUGUGUGUUUAUUGGCUCAAUUCCAGUAUUCCGAUAGGGAGAAGCGACAUCUGCUCUGAUUCCAGUUUGAGCACAACACUAUAGGCUAAUCUUUCGCACUAAUCAAAUGCAGCGACCGUGUUAUUUAGCCCAAUGUCUACGGGACGGGGGGCUAAAAUGAUAGGCUAUCAUAGUUUAGUUUAAUUAAACUCAUGUAUCUAUCUUGAAGGUUACAACACAAAAUAGCCUUCAUGCAUGGUUCAUGCGACAAAUCGCAUUCUUCAAUAUUUCAAAAAGUUUCUUACCCAUUUUGGGGUUACAAAUGAUCCUCGGUUUUUCAAAUAGAUCUACUCCAGUAGCUUAAUUCAAAAUAACCUAUUGCAGAAUAAUAAAGUAAUAGGCUACAAUCAAAUCUAUAGCAUAAGCAUUACAACGUAUAGGCAAAUAUUUGAAUACAACCUAAAUACGAUAUAUUUUUAAGAGCAAAUAAGUAAUAUCUCACUAAAAUAAACGAGUGGGGCAGUGUUCUAAGGCACUGCAUCACAGUGCUAGCUGUGCCACUAGAGAUCCUGGUUCGAAUCCAGGCUCUGUCGUAGCCGGCCGCGACCGGGAGACCCAUGGGGCGGCGCACAAUUGGCCCAUCGUCGUCCAGGGUAGGGGAGGGAAUGGCAGGCAGGGAUGUAGCUCAGUUGAUAGAGCAUGGCGUUUGCAACGCCAGGGUUGUGGGUUCGAUUCCCACGGGGGGCCAGUAUGAGAAAUAAAAAAUAAUGUAUGCACUCACUAACUGUAAGUCGCUCUGGAUAAGAGCGUCUGCUAAAAAAAAAAAAGACUAAUAAAAUGAACCGUUUUCAGUAGGCUAUAGGCUAGGCUAUUCCAGCUGUGUGAGUAGAGGAUAUGAUGGAGCUCAGUGUCUCCUCACCAGUGAGAGGUCAUCCUUUCUCUCAUCACUCCAUCACACGCCAGCUCUAAAAACUCUCUCCAAUCCCCUUGUUUUAAAUAAGCUGAAAACACAAUCUGUCUACCGGAAUGAAACCACAGCAGAUGGCGAGGUUUUCCGUGGGCUCGUGCUCUUUUUAAUUAAUGGAGUGGGGAUUAGAGGGAAGUUAUCCGGGAUCAUUAGCGAACAGAGGAAUUAAGAUGUUUUGUGAGAAAUAAACCCGGGGCUAUCCGUGGGAUACACAGCGGUUUUCUCUGGUGUAGUUGCAUUGACCUGUUUUCCACAUGCUUUAAGUGCAUGCUUAACGUCAUUUACCCACAGCGGAAACAUAACUUAACUGCUAAGUGGCGGUUGGUAUCGUGACAAACACAUUUACGGAUAAAAAGACAAAGGGAAUACCACACACACACACACACACACACACACACCAUUAUAAAACAAAUACUAAAAGUAAAGUAGGGUAUGUAGCAAUAUAUCUGGUCUUGGUCUUAAUUACAGCAAAUCUGUAAAGCUGCAGAUGUGGUACAUACAGUAAACGGUAUUUUAGAUGUGUUUACCAUCAGUGUUAGACCUAAUCCUUUAUUUUUCAAAUCCUCCAGUAAAACUCCAAGGGUGUAUGUUAGAUUAAGAUAAAGGCCUACACUAAUGGCCCACCAAUAUCAUGAAAUGCACACGAUUUCUAUUAAUCGAAUAUUUAUUUAUUUAUAGAUGUUCUCAAUAAUGCUUCCAACGUUUUACUGUCUGGUAGUGUGUUACCUGCUAGGAUAUUACAAGUGAUCGUGAUAAAUGCCUGGGGGAAACGAUAGUCUCUGCGCCAUCUGGCGUAUCAAAGUCAAAAAGCAGUAUACCUUUGAUGAAGGCGGUGGCGCUCAGAGGAAUUUACAGCGGGAGAAGAUGCAAUCAUAGGAUAUUUCGUUAGGGUGCCUGUGGAGGCCAGUAGAGGGAGACAGAGACUCUAGAUUAGCGUCAUUAGUCUGAGUCAAUGGGAGGCUCUCAAAUAAUGCAGUCCUGAAUGCAUCUGUGACUCAUAAAUGCCCUCAGGUUUGUGUGUGCAUUAGAUGUGGUAGUGAUAUUGAUUGGUUGAGUAGUGCGGUUAGUUGUAACAAACAGUGAAUCAUUUGUUCCCAUUACUUGUUGACAAGGAUUGAUGUAGAAAUAGAGAUGGUAAGGAAUUUGGAGUUUUCCGCUUACCAUUACUGCUGGAUUUAGGAAUUGUUCUCUCUAUCUAGAAUUGUCAGAGAAAGAGGGUACUUGAAAAUCGAAACUCGUAUCUCAGAUCUAUCUCUAAUAACUACUACUCUAGCGAUAGUCUCUAGACUCUCUAUCUCAUCAACGGAAUCAUGAGGAUCUCUACACUCUCUUCUCUCUCUCUCUUUCGGCCAGACGAUGGAGUGGGACAGGUUGCCACAGACAGGGAAUGUCAGGAAUGCCAAAGGAAUGUGGGUACUACCCUCACCCUCUCUCUCUCUCUCUCUCUCUCUCUCUCUCUCUCUCUCUCUCUCUCUCUCUCUCUCUCUCUCUCUCUAACACACAUGAACAACACACAUGUCCAAACAUUUAUGGGAUCAGCCAUACAGGUAGGUCUACACCAACUGUCAAUCAAAUGUAUGCCUACACAAAUGUCUCUUAUUGAGAUGUGCCUGAGAUAAUGACAGUGGGUAAAGAGAGGGAUCGACUGCAGCUUCUUAUCUUUUUUCGUUCAUCCUAUGCUGGCAUGUCAAGAGACAGUGGCUGAUGGGAAGGAGAAGUCUGAAAAGUGAAGAGCUUAAAGGAGAGACCUUGUUAAGGAGAGAGGGAGAGGCAGAGGGAAAGAGAAGGACAGUGGGUGAUGGCAAAAGCAGUGGGGAAGAAAAAGACCAAAGGGAAAGAUUAUAGGAGGGAGAGAGAGAGAGAGAGAAUGAAAGGAGGGGAAGGAGGGUAGAGGACGAUAAGGGCAGCCACAGCACCUGUUACUCAGCUGUGUAAACCGGAGGAUUCCCACAGAAAAAGGAAAGCUACUGUAUAUCAAUAGGAAAGUCCUAAGUGUCUGUCUCACCCCUUCACAGAGUCAGAGAUCAGCACACAAAGUCAGAGAGUAUGGUGGUGGAGGAUCAAACCAUGUGUUAUGUAAAAUAUGGCCUACAGACACAGCUAGUUACUAUACCAAAACAGAAGUAAAUAAAGAUAUGGGAAGGUAUACAUAUCAUUUGUGUGUGUGUGUGUGUGUGUGUGUGUGUGUGUGUGUGUGUGUGUGAUUCAACCAAUUAGAAUGAUUCAAUCAGACAGAAUGAAACAGUUGGACAUGGCAGGGAAGACAGGUAUUUAUAAAUAUUGUCAAGCCAAUCAAUAGAUGUAUUUAAGCACAAACAGUGUUUGAAACUAGGCAGAUAAAAUAGAGAUUGGAUGGUAGGCUACUUGAUGUGCAGUUCCACUAUGUCCCUCAAAGCGGCAGCAUUGAGUCUUCAUCAGUCUUACCUGGCUGUCAGCUUUUACUGUUUAUUAGCUCAUGUUAAUACAACUUCCUGGCACUCCAAUGCAAGUACAGUGUAAUGACAAUAUACUCUUGACACUAUUAUAUUCACAUGAACCCUGUUCAAGGCCACAGAUUAUUAUCCAAGGCCACAUUCUCACCUGUCACCCUUUUGUUAUGUGCAUGUUUCCACCUCACUUUCAACCCCCAGCUAGGAAUUGUGAAAAUGGGAAUUGUGAAAUGUUGAUUGAAAACACCCCCAGCAGCCUAUGUUUAUGUGUGAAAAAUGGGAAUGGUGAAAUGUUACUUGAAUAACACCCAUGGUGCAUAGGAGGACAAUGCUCUAUCUAUGUACAUGGAAUAAGUCUGAAAGUACUGUGUUCAAACAAGGGCUACAUACAAUUGCCCAUCCAAUGUCUGGGUGUGUUUCCAUUUCAACACUGUUUUGUUUUUUGACCCAAAAGCUCAACUACCAUCCUUCACAACUAGGCUGAUAUGUCAACUGUGUCUACACAGCUAUAACAAAGUUAUUAGGCCUGCACAUGCUGAAGUUGGACACAACAGUGAAUAAAUCACAGGAUACAUUAAAGGCCUUGUAUCUUCUUGUAUAUGUCCAUAUUGUAUUCUGGCUUCCCUUCUUCUCUCCACUCCUUUAAUCUCCUCCAUCCUGCCAACCCAUCUUCCCUUUUCCUUGUUCUAUUUUGAGCUCAUUUCUGGUAAGAAUAUCUGCUGUGAGAAACUAGACAUGACCUUUGACACAAAUUCUAUUUAAGUUAAGUGAAUAUAUUCUGAAAAACGAUGGUAAGUGUGUGUGUGUGUGUGUGUGUGUGUUGGGGAUAGGGGUUUACAGAGCCUUCCUGGAGAGAAGUAUGAGUGCUUACCCAGGUUGAGGGAUCAUAAACAACAUACUGCUCAGUGCCAUUGAAAGAAGGGGGAGGUGGAGCUAGAUGAAAUGCUAUGUGUGUGUGUGCAUGGGUAUGCGUGGGUGUGCAUGUGUGUGUGUGUGGGUGGGUGGAUGUGUGUGUGCGUGGGUGGGUGGGUGGGUGUGUGUGUGUGUUUGGGUGGGUGGGUGGGUGUGCGUGGGUGUGUGUGUGUGUGUGGGUGUGUGUGUGUGGGUGGGUGUGCGUGGGUGUGCGUGGGUGUGUGGGUGUGUGUGUGUGCAUGUGUGUGUGUGUGUGUGUGUGUGUAUGUGUGUUCCUAUAAAGUCCUGAAUGUUAUGUAUCUGUGAAAUCGAUUGAACCUGAUUGACCUCAGAUACAGAAAAUAUACACGCAGUCAUUCUUACUUUCGUACACUGUAUUUUGUUGCACAUUACCUCAGGUGGUUAUGUCGAACUGACACAUUUUGUAAUGACCAGCUGCCAACACCAACAUCCAUGUAGCACUCAGUCAUUCUUCUAAUACAUCAUGCUGUGUAUAUAAGAGGUGAGUGUUAUUUACAUGUACCAAUCACUGACUCAUUCUACUUUUUUUCAAUAUUAUAUACCGCUAAACCACUCCAAGUGGGAUCAUUUGCUAUGUCAGGCUUGUUUCUGGGGAAAUCAGAAACUUUUUGCAUCGACUAUACACUACAAUUUCUUUAUCAUUCAUCCCUUUUACUGCACAGUAUCUCUGUGUGUCAGUAUGUGUUUCUAUGUGUAUUGCGUGUGUUGGCCUAUAAAAGUGUCUGUUCUACCAAAGAUCACAGCACUGGCAACAAAACAGCCCAACACAGUCCAGCAACACAACUCCCAGAGCACAGUACAACCCUAGAGGCCAACCCCACAGCGGCAGAGUGUGGUACUAUUUCCCAGUAGACCAAACCCACACCACCUCCUGAACACACAGGGCAACCUUCUGCAACAACACAGGCCUUCAACACAACCCCAGAGCACGGUGCAGUUUCCACUGCUCCACAGCCCAGCAGCACUGCACUACUUCCUCUACUGGGUGGGUGCCAGCGGCCCUUAGCCAAUCACGUUGUGGCUCUAAUAAGAUAUGACUGACAGGAGGCCUCUUUAUGCCAAAACCCAACAGGGUCAGGGAAUUCAAGCUGGAUAGACGUCCCUGUCUGAAUGUUAAACACAUUUUCCACAAAGCUAAAAGAAACUCUACCAUUUAUUAGCAAUUCAUAAACUGCAUCUUUUCCUUCUCCUUUUCGUCUGAAGUCACUCCAACAGAUAAAUAGCAAAUAGCAAGUCAAAUCUUUCCAUUACAUUUAGUUGUGUAGCUGUAAUAGGCUUGGUUUAGAUCAGUCCAGCGUAUUUCUCUUGUCAUGGUCAUGCAGAGGCAAAUACACGACUCCGCACUUCGAUUUCAUAACAUAUCUCCUACCAGUAGGUUUCAAUAACCAAUUUAUCCUUCAUCUGCUGCUGCUCGCCUAGUCCAGGAGUGCCAGUGUGUGUGUGUGUGUGUGUGUGUGUGUGUGUGUGUGUGACUCUACCAGUUAGAAUGUUUCAACCAGUUAGAAUGAAAGAGUUGGACAUGGCAGGGAAGACAAGUAUUUCAAAAUAUUGUCAAGCCAAUAAAUAGAUGUAUUUAAGCACAAACAAGGAGUGUUUGAAACUAGGCAGAUAAAACAAAGAUGUGUAUCGCACCAGAUGAAUCAGGCAAAUGAAGUCCAUCUCUUUCAGCCCAAUGUCUCCCCUGUCUCCUUAUACCUCAUUAUGUCUCUCUCUCACUUGUUCAGCUCACCCUUUCACUCACUGCUGCUAAUCUAUUCCAGAGGAAAGGCUACCAUGGAAAACGCAUAACAAGUGCACAUACUUCUGCUCUUGCCAAGAGCGAAAUAACACCAAGAAGGGAAAAUGGGAGUGGGGGACAGACAGAAAGGGUGGGAGAGAGAGAUAUUGUUUAUUCUAAGUCAAAGUUAGAUCUUUUGUUGUGGUGGGGACCUGUCUUAUAUUAGACGUCUGAACUCCCUUCAAAGUCUGGAAAGACAGAGGGUGAGCCAAGACCAACUGUUUGUGCGCGUGUCUGAGACAGAGAGAGAGAGAGAAAGAGAGAGGGGGGGGGGGGGGGGGGGAGAGAAAGGAAGAGGGCACACUGAUAUACUGAGUAUGCUGAUAUACACUGAGUGUAGAAAACAUUAGGACCACCUUCCUAAUAUUGAGUUGCAUCCCCUUUUGCCCUCAGAACAGCCACAAUUCGUCGGGGCAUGGACUCUACAAGGUGUUGAAAGCGUUCCACAGGAAUGCUGGCCCAUGUUGACUCCAAUGCUGCCCACAGUUGUGUCAAGCUGGCUGGAUGUCCUUUGGGUGAUGGACCAUUCUUGAUACACACGGGAAACUGUUGAGCGUGAAAAACCCAGCAGCGUUGCAGUUUUUGACACACUCAAUCCGGUGCGCCUUGCACCUACUACCAUACCUCAUUCAAAGGCACUUAAAUAUUUUGUCUUGCCCAUUCACUCUCUGAAUGGCACAUAUACACAAUCCAUGUCUCAAUUUUCUCAAGUCUUAAAAAUCUGUCUUUAACCUGUCUCCUCCCCUUCAUCUACACGGAUUGAAGUGGAUUUAACAGGUGACAUCAAUAAGGGAUCAUAGCUUUCACCUGGAUUCUCCUGGUCAGUCUAUGUCAUGGAAAUGUUCUGUACACUCAGUGUAGAUUGAUAUUGAACAUAUGCAGCUACUGAAAUGAGAUGGACAUCUUACAAGAUACCAACAGACACAUGCAAAACAUAAAACUCUACUAUAAGAUAGAUACUACUCAGUCUGACAUGUAUGCAUAAUAUCCAUUAGGCUGACGUAACACAGUGGAAAAAAAUGGCUAACACACUGUAACAGAAAAAAAAGAUCAUUCAUCCUUCUUUGCACCGUGGAGAUUAAGCUUGUUUAAAAUGGGUCCAGUUUUCCAUUGUUUUUUUUUUCUUCCAUAUUUCAACAUUUCAAAAAUAACAAUGUCUGGGGUGUGGGACCUCUACUGAAUAGACAAAGAGACAGACAUAGCGAGGGCGAGACGAGAAAAAAGUAUAAUUUGUUUGUCGAGACAAAAGGUUAUCCAAUCACAGUACAGGUGUCAGGUAAAGCAUGACAGCCCAAAUGAGAGAAGACAGAAAGUGUGUUGGUGGCGCCAGGCCCAAAACAGUGAAUAGGGUCAGCCCGACACAGGCCCAGCUAGGCCAAGUAGUCUCAUAUGGAACCAGUUAACAAGACCAUGAGUCUCUCACAGCACUCUUAUAUUGCUGCACUUAGUUCAUUGGCACAUUUUGGCUAGUGGUGAUGGAGGCUAGUAGUGAUGGUGGCUAGUGGUGAUUGUGGCUAGUGGUGAUAGUGGCUAGUGGUGAUAGUGGCUAGUGGUGAUGGUGGCUAGUGGUGAUGGUGGCUAGUGGUGAUAGUGGCUAGUGGUGAUAGUGGCUAGUGGUGAUGGUGGCUAGUGGUGAUGGUGGCUAGCAGUGAUGGUAACUAGCAGUGAUGGUGGCUAGCAGUGAUGGUAGCUAGCGGUGAUGGUGGCUAGCGGUGAUGGAGGCUAGUGAUGAUGGUGGCUAGUGGUGAUGGUGGCUAGUGGUGAUGGUGGCUAGUGGUGAUGGUGGCUAGCGGUGAUGGUGGCUAGCGGUGAUGGUGGAUAGUGGUGAUGGUGGCUAGUGGUGAUGGUGGCUAGCGGUGAUGGUGGCUAGUGGUAAUGGUGGCUAGUGGUGAUGGAGGCUAGUGGUGGCUAGCAGGCUCAAUGCCACCAAGCCCUGUUAAUCAUACAACUAUGUGUUUCAUCUGGGGGGUUAAGUGUCAGAAGAACAUCUGAUCCACAUUAAUCAUCUCUACUGCAUCCAAACUAACUGGCAAACAAAUGCCUGAGGCCUAACAUCUCAACACAGUAAAUGUUAUUUGACAGCUAGGCCUACCCCAACGAACAGUAAUUUUAUGCCAUAUUUAGCGUCUGCUAAAUGAUGUAAAUGUAAAUGUAAAUGUAGCCUAGUUAUUUCAAGGAGCAGACUAUAGGCCUAUACGGUAGGUGGAGCUAAUGCUAAUGGCUGAAAACUUGAAUGUGAGGUACCGCUUACCUAAAGCAGUCUGCAUAGGCUGCACUAUUGCAGCAGAGCAAGAUGGUUUCUCCCAUGGACCCAAUAAUCCUCAAAUGUGCACCAAAUGAGACCAUGGCACUGGGUAUUACAAUGAUAAUUGGAAUGACACCUACAGACAAUAUACAGUAGGCAUAGGCCUAUGCUGCCUAUUUUAGUCUGUGUAAUUACACUAAUGGGACGCACUCACUCAUUUCACACUCAAACGCCCUGGAAAGAAUUAAAUGUGUAACAUCAACUCUACUGACCCUGAUGUGACCUCUACCUCAGGUGCCAGCUAAGGUAGUUCAUCAUCCUUAAAAGUGAGAAAAGAAAACAGUGGAUAUCUGUCUGUGUGUGAGAGAGAGAGAGAGAGAGAGAGGAAGGGAGAGAGAGAGAGAGGGGGGGGGGGGGGGUGAGAGAGAGAGAGAGAGGAAGGGAGAGAGAGAGAGAGAGAUGAUGGGAGAGAGGGGGGUAGUAGGGGUUAGCAUGGUUGGCUGACCAUGUGUCUGCGGUUCUGUGGUGGAGGGGAGUGAGGAUCUGCCGGUGUUGUUAAAUCCCUAAGAAAUGUUCAUUUUGGGUUCUACUCUUUGCUUACAUACCUUACGCACACCCACCCUCACAGAACUUUAAACUAAAUAAGAUGGCAGGACUAUAGGCUACUACUAUGUGUCCCCCUCUCAAACCAUGAGCAGUUCUUCAAUGUACCCAUCAUGUUUGUGUAGUGCAAAUGCAAUGGUAGCCUACUCACCAGUCACCACUACACUUGACACAGAGACUAGACUUAACAUAGUAAACGAAAAUCCAGGAUGAUCAAAUUGGUCGGGGUGGAUGGGUGGGUGUAUAAUGUGAAUGUCUAACAACAAAUUGGGAUUCGUAACAUAUCAUAUGUAUUGCAAAUUCGUAACAUAUGGUACGAAUUGCAAUUCAUAACAUAUCAUACGAAUUGUAGGCUAAACACACAUCACGACAAGAGAGACACCACAACACUACAUAAAGAGAGACCUAAGACAUCAACAUAGCAUGGCAGCAACACACAACAACACAGCAUGGUAGCAACAACACAUGACAACAAUGGUAGGAACACAACAUGGCAGCCUCACAACAUGGUAUCAGCACAAAAACAUGGUACAAACAUUAUUGGGCACAGACAACAGCACAAAAGCAAGAAGGUAGAGACAACAAUACAUAACGCGAAGCAGCCACACUUUCAGUAAGAGUGUCCAUGAUUGAGUCUUUAAAUGAAGAGAUGGAGAUAAAACUGUCCAGUUAGAACACCUAAAGUAAACGUAUCUGCAUUCUAUUGGGCUUGUCUUCUGAUUCUAAGCUUACAUAGCUUUACAGUAUAGCCUGGGAAAAAGGAAGUUCAGUUCACAGUGUGAUGUCUCAAUGUGGUCUCAGAGCAUUUAUUAUUGUUCUGUACGUAAAUCCUCGUAUGUACGUAAAUCCUCGUACAAUAUAUUAUGAAUUUGCAAAACUUACAAUAUCUUAUGAUUUUGCAAAACGUAUGAUACAGUGGGGGGGGAAAGUAUUUAGUCAGCCACCAAUUGUGCAAGUUCUCCCACUUAAAAAGAUGAGAGAGGCCUGUAAUUUUCAUCAUAGGUACACGUCAACUAUAACAGACAAAUUGAGAGAAAAAAAUCCAGAAAAUAACAUUGUAGGAUUUUUAAUGAAUUUAUUUGCAAAUUAUGGUGGAAAAUAAGUAUUUGGUCACCUACAAACAAGCAAGAUUUCUGGCUCUCACAGACCUGUAACUUCUUCUUUAAGGGGCUCCUCUGUCCUCCACUCGUUACCUGUAUUAAUGGCACCUGUUUGAACUUGUUAUCAGUAUAAAAGACACCUGUCCACAACCUCAAACAGUCACACUCCAAACUCCACUAUGGCCAAGACCAAAGAGCUGUCAAAGGACACCAGAAACAAAAUUGUAGACCUGCACCAGGCUGGGAAGACUGAAUCUGCAAUAGGUAAGCAGCUUGGUUUGAAGAAAUCAACUGUGGGAGCAAUUAUUAGGAAAUGGAAGACAUACAAGACCACUGAUAAUCUCCCUCGAUCUGGGGCUCCACGCAAGAUCUCACCCCGUGGGGUCAAAAUGAUCACAAGAACGGUGAGCAAAAAUCCCAGAACCACACGGGGGGACCUAGUGAAUGACCUGCAGAGAGCUGGGACCAAAGUAUCAAAGCCUACCAUCAGUAACACACUACGCCGCCAGGGACUCAAAUCCUGCAGUGCCAGACGUGUCCCCCUGCUUAAGCCAGUACAUGUCCAGGCCCGUCUGAAGUUUGCUAGAGUGCAUUUGGAUGAUCCAGAAGAGGAUUGGGAGAAUGUCAUAGGGUCAGAUGAAACCAAAAUAGAACUUUUUGGUAAAAACUCAACUCGUCGUGUUUGGAGGACAAAGAAUGCUGAGUUGCAUCCAAAGAACACCAUACCUACUGUGAAGCCUGUAGUUGGAGCUUGGAGCUUGGAGCUUGGCGUCGGGUAAGUUUGGCUUUAUACAUAGCUUGGGCUUUGUCGAGUAAGGCUUAAACUAUGUAUUUAGAUUGUAGUUAGGUAUUGUAGGUAGGUAUCGUGGGUUGUUGUAUGUAGUUAUUGUAUGUAAUUAUUGUAGGUUAGUAUUGUAUUCGGCGGUGCCGGGUGUAGCACGAAGCUAGCUAGCUAGCUAACUCACCACCUAGACUAGCUGGCGAGUAGCUAUUAGCAACGGUAUAGUUGUUUCACGCCUGAGAGUGCCUGUAAUUACGCCAGCUGGCUGCCUACAAUAAUAACAUACAAUAAUUGCCUACCAUUCAGCUGAUUUCUAACCUCAUUGUCUGAACCGUUAACGUUAGGCAGCAAGUGGCUACUGUGCUCGAAAAUUAGCAAGCUUGUUGCAACCUGGAUAGCUACUUGUAAACAAUAGCUGGAACGACCGAGCGAACAGACGCGAACUGGCUGAGUCAAUUCAGUGGCUAGCUUUGCACUUGGCUAGCUAACAGUAGCUGCUAGGGGUAAGUCAUAACCUACACUUGUGUUUUUUUUUUUUUACAUAUUGAUAGCCCGAGUCGCUCAAGGAAUUCGGGACAUGGGUGACUAGUUAACGUUAGUUUGGCUCUCUCUGUGUGUUCGUGCCGUGAAAGGAGGGGUUCUUCUUUGUCUGAAAGCAAUGGCUAGCUAGUUUGCUAACUAACUGGCUGAAUAAGUUGACGACGGACUCGCUCAAGCUGUCGGGACUAACCCACAACGUUAGACACGGACGAUCUGCUUGUGUGUUGAUACACUGGUGGUUGUUGUGGCUGAGUAUUGGCGCUAAACCCUGCUGUUGGAGACCGGCAUGCUAGCUGGCUGUGGCGUCUUAUGACGAGGUGCCCGGACGUUUUUCACGGAAUAAUACUGCACCUAGUUAGCUAGCUGAAUAAACUAGGUUAGUCUAUUCCUAGAAAACAUUGAACCGCUGUAGUUUACAAUAAUUAUAGUUUCUGAGGUGGAAGUUGGGAGAGUUAUAUUUGGGAGUUGUGGUGAGGGAGGCCCCGCUCUCUCCUUUCCCAGAUGUUUAGUUCAUUUUAUUCCGAUCUCCUCUGCAUUAUUGUAGUCAUCUGCUGCAGCCUGUCAACUAUGCCUCUGCCUAUCCCUGUUCUCUCCUCUCCGCACAGGCUACACAAACGCCUCACACCGCGUGGCUGCUGCCUCUCUAACCUGGUGGUCCCUGCACGCACGACCCACGUGGAGUUCCAGGUCUCAGGCAGCCUCUGGAACUGCCGUUCUGCUGCCAACAAGGCAGACUUCAUCCCAGCCUAUGCUACCCUCCAGUCCCUCGACUUCUUGGCGCUGACGGAAACAUGGAUUACCACUGAAAACACUGCUACUCCUGCUGCUCUCUCCUCGUCUGACCAUGUGUUCUCGCAUACCCCGAGAGCAUCUGGUCAGCGGGGUGGUGGCACAGGAAUCCUCAUCUCUCCCAAGUGGACAUUCUCAAUUUUUCCCCUGACCCAUCUGUCUGUCUCCUCAUUUGAAUUCCAUGCUGUCACAGUCACUAGCCCAUUUAAGCUUAAUAUCCUUGUCAUCUAUCGCCCUCCAGGUUCCCUUGGAGAGUUCAUCAAUGAGCUUGACACCUUGAUAAGUUCCUUUCCUGAGGAUGGCUCACCCCUCACAGUUCUGGGGGAUUUUAACCUCCCUACGUCUACAUUUGACUCAUUUCUCUCUGCCUCCUUCUUUCCACUCCUCUCCUCUUUUGACCUCACCCUCUCACCGUCCCCCCCUACUCACAAGGCAGGCAAUACGCUUGACCUCAUCUUUACUAGAUGCUGUUCUUCAACUAAUCUCACUGCAACUCCCCUCCAAGUCUCCGACCACUACUUUGUAUCCUUUUCUCUCUCCCUCUCCUCCAACACUACUCACUCUGCCCCUACACAGAUGGUAAUGCGCCGUCGCAACCUUCGCUCUCUCUCUCCCGCUACUCUCUCCUCUUCCAUCCUAUCAUCUCUUCCCUCUGCUCAAUCCUUCUCCCUCCAAUCUCCUGAUUCUGCCUCCUCAACCCUCCUCUCCUCCCUUUCUGCAUCCUUUGACUCUCUAUGUCCCCUAUCCUCCCGGCCGGCUCGGUCCUCCCCUCCAGCUCCGUGGCUUGAUGACUCAUUGCGAGCUCACAGAACAGAGCUCCGGGCAGCUGAGCGGAAAUGGAAGAAAACUAGACUCCCUCCAGACCUGGCAUCUUUUCACUCCCUCCUCUCUACAUUUUCUUCAUCUGUUUCUGCUGCUAAGGCCACUUUCUACCACUCUAAAUUCCAAGCAUCCGGCUCUAACCCUAGGAAGCUCUUUGCCACAUUCUCCUCCCUGCUGAAUCCUCCUCCCCCUCCCCCCCCUCCUCCCUCUCUGUGGAUGACUUCGUCAACCAUUUUGAAAAGAAGGUUGACGACAUCCGAUCCUCGUUUGUUAAGUCAAAUGACACUGCUGGUCCUGCUCACACUGCCCUACCCUAUGCUUUGACUUCUUUCUCCCCUCUCUCUCCAGAUAAAAUCUUGCGACUUGUGACGGCAGGCCGUCCAACAACCUGCCCGCUUGACCCUAUCCCCUCCUCUCUUCUCCAGACCAUCUCCGGUGACCUUCUCCCUUACCUCACCUCGCUGAUCAACUCAUCCUUGACCGCUGGCUAUGUCCCUUCCGUCUUCAAGAGAGCGAGAGUUGCACCCCUUCUCAAAAAACCAACACUCGAUCCCUCUGAAGUCAACAACUACAGACCAGUAUCCCUUCUUUCUUUUCUCUCCAAAACUAUUGAGCGUGCCGUCUUUAGCCAACUCUCUUGCUAUCUCUCUCAGAAUGACCUUCUUGAUCCAAACCAGUCAGGUUUCAAGACUGGUCAUUCAACUGAGACUGCUCUUCUCUGUGUCACAGAGGCUCUCCGCACUGCUAAAGCUAACUCUCUCUCCUCUGCUCUUGUCCUUCUAGACCUGUCUGCUGCCUUUGAUACUGUGAACCAUCAGAUCCUCCUCUCCACCCUCUCCGAGCUGGGCAUCUCCGGCGCGGCUCACUCUUGGAUUGCGUCCUACCUGACCGGUCGCUCCUACCAAGUGGCGUGGCGAGAAGCUGUCUCCGCACCACGUGCUCUCACCACUGGUGUCCCCCAGGGCUCAGUUCUAGGCCCUCUCCUAUUCUCGCUAUACACCAAGUCACUUGGCUCUGUCAUAUCCUCACAUGGCCUCUCCUAUCAUUGCUACGCUGACGACACACAACUAAUCUUCUCCUUUCCCCCUUCUGAUAACCAGGUGGCGAAUCGCAUCUCUGCAUGUCUGGCAGACAUAUCAGUAUGGAUGACGGAUCACCACCUCAAGCUGAACCUCGGCAAGACGGAGCUGCUCUUCCUCCCGGGGAAGGACUGCCCGUUCCAUGAUCUCGCCAUCACGGUUGACAACUCCGUUGUGUCCUCCUCCCAGAGUGCGAAGAGCCUUGGCGUGACCCUGGACAACACCCUGUCGUUCUCCGCUAACAUCAAGGCGGUGACCCGAUCCUGUAGGUUCAUGCUCUACAACAUUCGGAGAGUACGACCCUGCCUUACACAGGAAGCGGCACAGGUCCUAAUCCAGGCACUUGUCAUCUCCCGUCUGGAUUACUGCAACUCGCUGUUGGCUGGGCUCCCUGCCUGUGCCAUUAAACCCCUACAACUCAUCCAGAAUGCCGCAGCCCGUCUGGUGUUCAACCUUCCUAAGUUCUCUCACGUCACCCCGCUCCUCCGCACACUCCACUGGCUUCCAGUUCCACCUCUGGCCUGCUGGCUCCCCUAUCUCUGCGGAAGCAUAGUUCCCGCUCAGCCCAGUCAAAACUGUUCGCUGCUCUGGCACCCCAAUGGUGGAACAAGCUCCCUCACGACGCCAGGACAGCGGAGUCACUCACCACCUUCCGGAGACAUUUGAAACCCCACCUCUUUAAGGAAUACCUGGGAUAGGAUAAAGUAAUCCUUCUACCCCCCCCCCCCCCCCCACCCCCCCCACCCCAAAAAAAAUUGUAAAGUGGUUAUCCCACUGGCUAUAAGGUGAAUGCACCUGUUUGUAAGUCGCUCUGGAUAAGAGCGUCUGCUAAAUGACGUAAAUGUAAAUGUAAAUGUAAGCAUGGGGGUGGAAACAUCAUGCUUUGGGGCUGUUUUUCUGCAAAGGGACCAGGACGACUGAUCAGUGUAAAGGAAAGAAUGAAUGGGGCCAUGUAUCGUGAGAUUUUGAGUGAAAACCUCCUUCCAUCAGCAAGGGCAUUGAAAAUGAAACGUGGCUGGGUCUUUCAGCAUGACAAUGAUCCCAAACACACCGCCCGGGCAACGAAGGAGUGGCUUCGUAAGAAGCAUUUCAAGGUCCUGGAGUGGCCUAGCCAGUCUCCAGAUCUCAACCCCAUAGAAAAUCUUUGGAGGGAGUUGAAAGUCUGUGUUGCCCAGCGACAGACCCAAAACAUCACUGCUCUAGAGGAGAUCUGCAUGGAGGAAUGGGCCAAAAUACAAGCAACAGUGUGUGAAAACCUUGUGAAGACUUACACAAUUGGUGGCUGACUAAAUACUUUUUUUCCCCACUGUAUGUUAUGAAUCCAAUUUGUUGUGGCUAACGUUAGCUAGGUUGCUAGGUGGCUAACGUUAGCUAGGCUAGGGUUAGGGGUUAAGGUUAAGGUUAGGGUUAAGGUUAGGAGUUAGGUGAAAGGGUUAGGGGAAGGGUUAGCCAAAAGGGUUAAGGUUAGGGUUAAGAUAAGGGUUAGCUAACAUGUUAAGUAGGUGCAAAGGAGCUAAAAAGUAGUAAGUCAUUGAAAAGUGGCUAAUUAGCUAAAAUGGUAAAGUUGUCUGUGAUGAGAUUCGAACACGCAACCUUCGGGUUGCUAGACCUUCGUGUUAUACACCCUCCUUUUGAUUUUGCCUUAAGUAACCUUUUAUCUUAUGUAACCAUUCCAAACUUAACAUAUUAUACUAAUUCCAGUGUCCCUGAUUUACGUUCACUAUGUUACCUCUCGUCUAUGAGACCAGUUUGGAUGUCUAAACCACUUUUCAUCUUGGCCGGUGUCUGCUAACUCACUGGGUUCUCUGAAAGUCGCAUUGCCAUUGCUUGUGGACUCCUCGAUUUACUAGGUAUUGCUAUGACUGACGCUUUCUGUAAUCUGUUCCCCUUUCUACUCCGCCUUCGCCUCUGUCCUGCCAAGUGGUCUCGUCUCCCGCGGGACACACCUAUAUCAUCACUGGGAUUACACCCGCCGCGUGCCGCCUCCCCUUCCCCGCCACUACUCCACUCAUGCCCCGCUCUCACUCCCUGAAUACAGACUUUCCGUGAUACUAGGAAUGGCCGUUUUUCUGAACGACUAUACGUGAUAAAUGAACACAGAAGAAAGAAAAGAAGACAAUAGGAACUAAUGGACAAUGGCAAUAGUUGACAAGAAGUUCAACUGAGUUCUGCAUUUAAAAUAAGCCUAUUUUACAAUUGUCUCAUAGAAACAUUGUAGGCAUUGCUGUAGAAAUAUACUACGUUUUUUUUUAAAGAAGGCAAACCUGCGAACAGUCCUAUUUUGCCAAACACCUGUCAUGAUUUCGGCGAAUUGAGGUGUUGGACAAACGGGACAUACCCAGCGCGCAUUCCCUCAAAUUUUGGCUACAUGAUAAAAAUUUUGCAGAGCAAACCCAUUCCCAUCCGCCAGCAUUCUAACCGAUGUGCCCGGCGUGCUCUGCUGAUGCUCGCAGGAAUUAUCGCAGGAGUUGUUGCCGUCCUCCAAAUCCUUCUCCAACGAACGGAUUACAGACAGUACCAGCUAGAGAUCGUCGGUAACGGUGCCUGACUUUCCCUGGCAGGGUAGCUGCGCGGGACGAGAGAUGAGUUCCCUCCUCUCUACGCUAGUCAUGUUGUAAGUUAAAUGUGCAGUAACCCUUGAUGCGCAACCUAAGGUUUUCUGGAGUGAAACGAAUGGAGGUAUUGUGUGUGUGUGUGUGUGUGUCUGCUUACAUGUUUCUCUUCAUGCAUGCUCUGACCAUCAGUCCAGCACAGCAGGUGUGGUGUUUCAUACACUGUCAUAUAGGGUGCAUGUUCUCCUUUAGCCAUUGUAAUAAUGAAAAACGUUCAUCUGGACAGCUAACUGUGGUAUAGAAAUGGCAUCUAUUUUUCAGUACCAUGUGGUGUUGGAAUCUUGUGCUUCUUAUCUGUAUAAUUCCUCUGAGGCUGUUCCACAUGGUCAUACAUUUCCUGUAAACUGUCAUGUCAGCUCCUGUAGCAUAUUGCUCCUCUGGCCACUAAAGCAUGUCCCAUGACCCAGACACCUCUUUCCAUUCUCCCCAGACUAAAAGACCAGACAUUUGUCACUGACAGAAUGUCUGCUAAGGGGUUAUGAAUUAAUGAGAUGAUGACUGUACCUUAUUAGUGUCUUUGAUGGGUGUCUGUGUUUGACAGGAUCAUGUGAUUUGUGAAGAGGAUAAUCAGCAAUUAGCUAUUCCCCAAAUUAGGGCAUCCAUCCACUUGAACCAAACCUAAAGCAAUUCUGUCAGACUCGUUAACGAAUCUUACAUUUACAAUGAAAAAUUAACCUGUUUCCAACUUUAAAGUGUCCCUGUCACCACCAUUAUGACCUUGUAUCUCUCAAACUUACACUCCACUUCUCAAACAACAGAGACCAGGUCAGAUUUUUACAGAGGUUUCAUUUGAGGUAACACAGAAGUAGAACAAAAGUAGUCUGAGUAGAAUUGGAGGCCAGACAUCUGUGUGCGCUUUGGGCCAGCUGUAGGCUGCGUUCCAGGCAUCCCUACAUCUGGACAGCACAGGGGGUAUGGGGUCCCCUAAUGAGCACACAGCCAGGGGGUACGGGAAGAUAUGAAAGAAAAAACACUCUCUACUGCUAACGUGUCUCCUGCUCUUCCCCCUCUUUAUUUAAGUAGUUCAGCAUUAUUUAUGUACCGUAAUCUAUGUAUCUAUGCAUGUGCUGCGUGUGCUGUGUUUAUACAGGGAGGGAUAAGAGAUUGAAGUGCUUAGAUAGAUGGCUGGAAUGAUUAGUGAAUAUUGAUAUUCUGUUAGCUCAUCAUAGAUAUGAGCUGAGCUCAGCAGCUGUCCCUAGAGAGAGACAGCAUGGCCACUGUCUGUUGCCGUGAGGGUUUGAUCUAGAAAUGACCUUUUUUGGAGGCAUAGAGACUGGUUUAAAAUUGGUGGUGGAGACAGAAAAGAGGCAGGAGUGUGGCAGCCAGACUGCUUUUGUAUUAUUUUGGAAUGCAAAAAUACCAGAUGUAAUCUCAAUGCAGAUCCAUUCUCCCCUUCUCUCAGAUCUGUCCAGGCUUUACUGGUGGUCUGCAGCCCCCUGCAGGUAAAUGUGUGUAUACAAUUGUAUCUAUUGUGUUUUCUAAUAUUCCAUUCGGAUUAAAGUCUCUCAUUCUAACCACAUGCCUGUCUGUUUUGUGGUGGUACAGGUCUUAGCUGAUGACCAUGUUAAUUUCAGUGUAUACGUGGAGAAUCAGACACGGGUUCGAGACGCCAUGAGCCGCCGGCAGCACAGAGUCUACCAGCUGUACAGCAGGACAAGUUGCAAACACGUGCAGGUGAUGGGGAGGAGAAUCAGUGCCAAGGGAGACGAUGGGGAUACAUAUGGUAAGAUAUAGUACUACUACUUCCUACAAUAUACAGAACACGCCAAUACAAAUCAGAAUCAACAAGAACCAAGCAAUAAUUUCCUAUAUGUUAUCACAUCUACAGUACAUGGCCCUCAAAAUCAUAAAGAAAGUAGCAAAUAGACAGACAAGCCUAUGACACAUAGAGAGAAACAGAAAGAUGGAGCGGCAGUUUGUGUGGUAGACUCAGUCCCGCUAUCGAUAAGGUCAUCGAUUUUCCAUUUAUCCCGCUUUGUUGCUUUGUUGUAGGUGGAUCGAGGGGGGUUUGGGUAGUGAGAGGGAGAGUAAUGUUAUUGAUUUGGUUUGACCUCUGCAUUGUGGCUACAUCAAUUAACUAAUUGCAUGUAACAAUCCCCCCAUCCCAUCCUAUGUGCUCAAUCUCUAUGCCCACUCCCACAUGACAAAAUACUACAGUUUACUAUAUAAUACCACAGUACUUACUAUAGAAUGAUAUAGAAUUCUGUAGUAAGCUGUAGUAUACUGUAGAAUACUAUACUCCACACUGUAGUAUCCCUCGAUCAUGUGUAGUACUUACCAUAGAAUUGUGUAGUAUACUGUAGAAUACGAUAUUUCAAACUGUAAUAUCCCUCAAUCACGUGUAGUACUUACUAUACAAUUUUGUAGGAUACUGUAGAAUGCUAUACUCCACACUGUAGUAUCCCUCGAUCAUGUGUAGUACUUACUAUAGAAUUGUGUAGUAUACUGUAGAAUACGAUAUUUCAAACUGUAAUAUCCCUCAAUCACGUGUAGUACUUACUAUACAAUUUUGUAGGAUACUGUAGAAUGCUAUACUCCACACUGUAGUAUCCCUCGAUCAUGUGUAGUACUUACUAUAGAAUUGUGUAGUAUACUGUAGAAUACGAUAUUUCAAACUGUAAUAUCCCUCAAUCACGUGUAGUACUUACUAUACAAUUUUGUAGGAUACUGUAGAAUGCUAUACUCCACACUGUAGUAUCCCUCGAUCAUGUGUAGUACUUACUAUAGAAUGAUGUAGUGUAAUGUAAAAUACUAUACUACUCACUGUGUUAUCCCUCCAUCAUGUGUGGGUCGUUAUUAUUCACCAAUAUUGAAUUUUAAAAGCCUGUUAUAUUAAAAGAUGUGCACUUUAAUAUAGACCACAUAGAGUAUUAAAUCAAUUUUUAAUAUGAAUAAAGGCUUUCUAAAGUGCCAAAAUUCAGCAUUUUGACAUGUCCCUUCGUCAACCCUGUGUCACUUCUAGGAAGAUUUCAACCCACUUAAUCCCCAAAAUGUAUCCAAGUUUCACCAUCAUUGUAAAGGCCUAGUUAUUUUUCUGCUUUGACAAAGUCAUUUCUGAAGACUAUUAUUUAUAUUCAUGAUAUUAGUGAUGCAUUUACGUCUGUCCCUCAUGUUAACCCUGUUAUGCAAACAAUGUACCCCUUUAAAAUAAAGGACCAUUCCACCAAGUUUAAUGAUUCACAGCAGGUGACAUCAUUUGGGUCUUCUGAACAGCAUGGUGGAAAAGGAAGGAAGGCUUCACUCUCUUUUUGGUCUAUUUAUAAUUGUUUUAUCAUCUUUGACUGAUGUGGUCGAGCUUAAUAACACGUCAACCCUGUUAGCUCAAUUAAUGUUAGGAAACUAGAAUAUGAUUUAACUUUCAUUAUGAUUAAACUUUCAUCAUGCUCUUCACCACAUGAGGAGUAAUGGCCGAUCUUCACCUAAACCUCAACCCUAUUAUCGUCAACCCUGUUAGAGGCCCAACGGAAACUUUAUCAGGUUGAUGUUAUACGUGAGUUGAUUUGUACAAGGGAUACUUGAUCAAUGAGAACAUUUUAGAUUUAUCUCAAACAUGAGUUUAAUAAAUAAUAUGUAGGCAGUUACAUAGGUGUCUGUAACAGUGUUUGUUGACAGACAGUGUGGUUCAAGUGCAGAUAAAAUGCUCUUAGUUCAUAGGAUUUUAAUGCCUGAGAUGGGAAAAAGUGUUUUUCCAUAGGCUAAACAUAUCCUCCAUGCAACUGAAUGUUGAAAGAAAAUAUAUUUUAAAGUUAAUUUCUUUAAAGUUUGCAUGUCCAAAAGGCACCCAUUUCGUGGAACGACCUGUGUAGUACUUAGUAUAGAAAUGUGUAGUAUACUAUAGAAUACUAUAGUAAAUACUACAGUAUUAUCAGCAAAAAAAAGAUUGUAGUAAAUACUACAGUAAUAUCCGCAAAAACACUUCAGUGUCUGAAAAAUACAGCAGUUUUUUAACUGUAGUAAUACUACAGUAUUUAAUUUGCAUAUACCCCACCCAUUCCCCUCCCCCACAUCCCAAUUUGUGCCACUCAUGAGUGAGAAACCUACAUGCCAAGUAUAGACCAUAUAUUGUGUUCCCUACAUGAUAUAGAAAAGCCAGAAGCUUUGAACUAUCCGUUCAGACUCCAGUCUUACCUACAGGUUAUGGAAAAUGUGCUAUUUUAGUUUCCUCAAGGAGAAAGCCCCCACUUCUGUGUCAAAGAUAAGACAACAAAAACACUAUUGUGUAUACUACAGUAAAUACUACAGUAAUGUCCGCAAAAACACUACAGUAUACUAUAGUCAUGUCCGCAGAAACACUACAGUGAAUACUACAGUAUAUAAAUAUAGUAAUACUACAGUAUUUAUACCAUACUAUAGUAUUUUUUCAUGUGGGCUUUUACAAUCUGUCUUUUUGUGCCUCUGUCUCUUUCCAAGCCCAGCUUGUUGUGGAGGCUGAUACCUUUGGAAGUCAGGUGAGAAUCCGUGGUAAAGAGACCAACUUCUACCUGUGCAUGAACCGUCGAGGCAAGCUUGUGGGGAAGGUGAGACAAACACGAUUCUUAUUCUGACUCUCGCUACACGUUCCUUUUAAUGUAUACAUUUAAACGACUUGGGAGUUAUUCACUUUGCAUCUUAUAUUGACACUACCAGUGCUCGACUUGGGCAGGAGCUCUCUGGAGCAGAGUACCGGCACCUCAACAUUUCUACUGCUUGAGCUCCUGUUCCUUUUAUAGAAUAAUAGCUCAAAAGUAUUGUGGAACUCCUGCACCUAAAUAUAAACAGUACCGGCACCCAAAACGAGUACCGGCACCUAUUUCAGUCCAAGUCAAACACUGGACAUUAUCAUGUGUGUGUGUGUGUAUUCCAGAAGGCUAGUAAUCGCAGUGCAGACUGUGUCUUCAUUGAGAUGGUGUUGGAGAACCACUACACAGCUCUGAUGUCAGCACGCUAUCCAGGCUGGUACGUGGGCUUCAGCAAGAGGGGGCGCCCCAGGAGAGGCCCUCAGACACUGCCCAACCAGCAGGAUGUUCACUUCAUGAAGCGCCUGCCCCCCGGGGAACAGCCCGACCUGCAGCCCUUCCGCUUUACCACGGUCAGCAAGAGGAGUAAGAAAGUGAGAGGGACCCGACCCACAGCUACUACAGCACCUACAUAG